AUGCAAGCAGAAUCUGAUGACAGGACAGGUGACACUGAUCACGGCGCGUCUCUGGAAGAAGGCAACAGGAAACUCCACGUGAAACUCUGCAGCGGGUCGUGCCACGCCGAGCAGAUCCUCAGGACUCUCAACAGCUAUCGGCAGGAGGGCGUCUUCACCGAUGUGGUGCUUCUGAUGGAGGGGCAGGUGUUUCCUUGCCACCGGGCCACCUUGUCUGCCAGCAGCACUUACUUCCAGGCUAUGUUUGCCGGGGGGCUGAAGGAAGGCUGUCAAGGCACUGUCAGCUUCCGUGAGAUCUCUGCGCCCAGCAUGAGCCUUGCCCUGGACUAUAUGUACGGAGGGAAGGUCCUCAUCCGGGAAGACAACGUGGAGGGACUCUUGGAGGCAUCCAGCUUGCUGCAGAUCUCCAGGCUCAAGGAUGCCUGUGCCGCCUUCCUGGAAGGCCACCUCCGCCCUUGCAACUGCGUGCGCUUCCUGAGGCUCGCCGACUCCUUCUCCAUCUCGUCCCUGGCCGAGAAGAGCAAGGGGUUGAUGCUGGAGGGUUUCACGGAGGUCUCUUGUCAUGAGGAAUUCCUGCAGCUGGAUGCCAAGACGCUCGAGGCCUUCCUGUCGAGCGAGUGGCUGGCUGUCCCGAAGGAGGAAGUGGUCUUUGCGGCGGUGAUGCGGUGGGUGCGCCAUGAUGUGGCGGCCAGGAAAGGGACCCUGAAGGAUCUGCUCCAAUGGGUGCGGCUCCCUUUGUUGGACCCCGUCUAUUUCGUGGAAAAGGUGGAGAUGGACCAGCUCAUCCAGGAAUCCAAGGAGUGCAGGCCUUUGUUGCAAGAAGCCCGCAAGUAUUACAUUCUAGGCGCAGAGGUCAGCUCUCAACGGUCUAGGCCUAGAAGAUUCAUGGAGUUAGCGGAGAUGAUAGCUGUGAUCGGAGGCUGUGAUAAGAAAGGCCUCUUGAAGCUUCCCUUUGUGGAUAUCUUCCACCCUGAAAGCAGGCAGUGGAAGCGGCUCUCUAGUGUGCCUGGAUAUACCAAAUCAGAGUUUGCUGCCUGUGCACUGAAAAAUGACAUAUACGUAUCAGGAGGCCACAUCAACAGUGGAGAUGUUUGGAUGUUGAGCUCCCAGCUGAAUGUCUGGAUGAGGGUCGCCUGCUUGCAGAAAGGCCGAUGGAGGCACAAGAUGGCUACCCUCCUGGGAAAGAUCUAUGCAGUGGGCGGGUAUGACGGCUUUGACCGCCUGGCCAGUGUGGAAUGCUAUGAUGCCUUCUCAAACCGCUGGGCGGCGGUCGCCCCGCUGCCAAAGGCCGUGAGUUCGGCAGCCGUCAUCCCAUGUCUUGACAAGCUGUAUGUGAUUGGAGGUGCCGUGGACGACAGCACUAACACAGAUAAGGUACAAUGCUAUGAUCCCGAGGAGGAUAAGUGGAGCCUUUUGUCUCCUGCCCCUUUCAACCAGCGAUGCAUCUGUGCCAUCACUUUGGACAACUUGAUUUAUGUUGUUGGAGGACUCCUGAGUAAAAUCUUCAGCUUCAACCCCCAGAAGGACUCCUGGAGCGAAGUGGCAUCUCUUCCUGUACCUCUAGAGAGCUGUGGCAUAACCGUGUGCGAUGGCAAGAUCUACAUCCUUGGGGGCAGGGAUGGACAUGGGGAAAGCACGGACAAAGUGUUUGCGUUCGAUGUAGAAACCGGAGUGGUGGAACCCGAGCCGCCUCUUCAGCAAUGCACCAGUUACCACGGUUGUGUGACCAUCCUCCGGCGCAGGAGCCGAUGACCCCUUUGCACCCACCUUCCUUCCCUCCUCCCUGCAGCCAUGGCCUGCGUAC